AUAAAGCAGAUACUAUAACUAUGAGCACAACUGAACUUGGCAAAAAUAUUUUUCACGAAUUAAAAGAAAAUGUUAUUUGUGUCGGUAAAUUUCAGUCAACUGAAUGGAAUAUUUGGGUACCCCUUCUUCUGUGAAACAUCAGUGGGUUAGAAACGGAGUGACUUCCCCAUUUCUUUUUGCUGAUUAUACACAGUUUCUUCAGUCACGUCACAGUAGUUCUAUCUUUACAAAAUUAACUGCUGAACAGCUUUGGAAGGGUGUUACAAGUGUCAGUAAUGCUGGUAGAAAGAGAGGUAGAGGAAAAGGUGUAGGGAAGAAAACUGCCAAAGACUUAAAUAAAGGACAGAUACUUGGAGUUGGAAAAAUCAACAUGAUAUGGCCUGGAUUAAAUGCUCCAGUAUUAAGAGGUAGGGAAGUUGUAGAAAGACGGGAGUUACCCCCUGAUAAAGAUCGAGAGGAGAAAUUGUUAAAGAUGCGUGAUGAGAUGGGAGCUUUCAAGCCUUUGAGGCUCUCACCAUUAGAGCGAGGCUGGUCAGGAACAAAAAUGCCAGGAAGAAGCAUUGGAAUUCCAGACCCCAUUGGUGAAGGUAAAGAACGUUGUUGUUUUUUCAGCAAUUUAAGCUUAUGAUUUUCUGUAGUGUAU